UUUCUCUGUCUUUUGUUCUCCUAAUAACGCAUUUUGUGCGUCUGUGGCUGACAAACAAUCGUCGGUAUAAAUGAAGGAGGUGUGAAGCAGCAGAGCUGGAAAAGGAAGAGACCUUUAGCGAGAGUGCAAAAGACCUUGCAAGCACUUGAACUUCGACAGAAGGCGGUUGGCAUGGACGUUGCUGUGAAGUUUUGGCGUCUGUCGCCGCUGCUGCUGCUGUUGCUGGCUUUGAGUGAAUUUUCCGUGGUUUCAGCUGUGAGCACUGAUUGCAGCAGCACUGUCAUGGACCUGGUUGUGGUAGCUGACUCCUCAACCAGCAUCAAGCGAGCCAAUUACAAAUUAAUGAAGGAGUUUCUGGCAAAAGUUGUGUCCGGCCUUCCCACAGAUGACCUCCAUGUCCGUAUGGCAAUAGUGCGCUUUUCGAAUGAAGUCGACAUCAUCCUCAAUCUGACUCAGUCUGAGACGAACGACAACUUGACAAAAAUACUGACCAGCAUGGCUUUUGUAGGAGGUGGCACCAACACCUAUACAGCACUGCAGACGGUCAGAGAACAGAUACUCAUUCCAGCUAAUGGCCGCAGACCGGAAGUGCCUGCAGUGGUGCUGGUGGUCACAGACGGCGAGUCAUGGAACGUCAAUCGCACAAAAUCAGAAGCUUCUCUACUGAAGAAUCUGGACGUCAACAUCCUGGCUCUGGGCAUAGGGAGCAAUGUUUCUUUGAACGAGCUCAAUGGCAUCUCCAGUGGCUUUGUGCAGAACAUCAGCGAUUUCGACAGCCUCGAUGGCAUUGUGGAUAGCCUCAGGGGCCAACUGUGCAAAACCGCGGUGGAAAGCAUCAGUGUCAGAACUACCUUGACCUCUGAAAGUGGAUCGUCACCAGCGUUGGACACUGCAGUAACUUUCCCGAUCGCUGAUGAUACAUCGUCAUCUGGACUGGACCCUACACCAGGACCCACGAUCGCUGAUGAUACAUCUUCACCUGCGCUGGACCCUACACCAGCCCCUACGAUCGCCGAUGAUACAUCUUCACCUGCACUGGACCCUACACCAGCCCCCACGAUCGCCGAUGAUACAUCUUCACCUGCGCUGGACCCUACACCAGGCCCCACGAUCGCCGAUGAUACAUCUUCACCUGCGCUGGACCCUACACCAGGCCCCACGAUCGCUGAUGAUACAUCUUCACCUGCGCUGGACUCUACACCAGGACCCACGACCUCUGAUAAAACCUCGUCAACCGUGUUGGACUCUACACCUGGCCCUAUCACAGAUGAUACAUCGUCACCUGGACUGGAAUCUACACCUGGCCCCACGAUCGUUGAUGACACAUCGUCACCUGCGUUGGACUCUACAUUAAAUUUCAUACCUGUAACUCCUCAUUCUGCUGGCUUAAGCACCUCUGACCUCCGAAGGUGCUUCGAGCAGCGGGUGGACCUUGUUUUCGUGGUAGAUGCCUCCUACAGUGUGAAAGAGGAGAACUUCGAACGGGCCAAGUCUUUCAUCAACAAAAUUGUAAGUGGCCUUCCCAUUGGCCAGACUGCCGUGCGUGUGGCACUAGUCCGAUUUGACAGAGAUGUCUCAAUUAUCAACCAUUUCUUGGACAACCUGCAAGCUGUCACAGACUCAGUGUGGAACAUGACAUACCCGGAUGCUGCUGGUACGAACACCGGUGGAGCACUGAAGGAAGUCAGAGAAAAAGUUUUUGAUGUUCGCAAGGAAGACGGCGUGAAGGACAUAGUGAUCACUAUCACCGAUGGGGAGAGUGAUCAAGUCGAUGUGACAGAAGAACAAGCAAGUCUUUUGCGUGACCAAGGGGCACAACUUGUCUGGCUGUACAUCUACAAAGGAGGGGGGCCGCUAGAGGAUGAGAAAAAUUUUAUGGAGGAACAGGGAGACUCAGUGAUCGUGGUCGACCACUUUGAUAAACUCACAGACGAUAUUGUUUCAAAGGAUGCUUGUGGCUUCUUGUCCAGACCAGACUACACCUUCUACAACAACUUCUACCGUACUCACAACGGACAUUCAGACUACGAAUCCGUCUACAGCAGUCGCUUCAACUGAGGACGACAGUACGACAACAGCUUCUGUGGACUUCCUGGUCUCGACAACCAGAACAGUCAGUCACAGUGACAGAGCAGCCUUCCAUAACAACAGAAUCGUCAGUCGUUUCGAGCAGCUGGUCUGCAUCCGCAAUAGCAGAAUCUCCAACCUCCGACAUUUGGUUUCCUGACGCGGAAAUGACGUCAGAGGCCAAUCUCAUAACGUCGCCAACAGAAAAGUUUGACCUCCCUGUCACCCACGAUGCUGCUGAUCUCACGGUCUUGACGUUGUCGACCGUCUUACGUGGGCAGUGGACGACGGCUGUUGCGGAUGCCACCCAUUCUACCACGGAACAAACAAACGAGUCAUUGACAGAAGAGCAGGACGACGAGUCUGGUCUCGUUCAAACGUGGACACCGCCCUCGUCUCCGGCAGCUGUGCGCAUGACUACUUACAGCACCGAGCUGACAACAACAUCGCAGACGGCACAGCAGCAGUCGACUACGACAGAAGAGAAAACAUCGCCGUCUGCCACGACUCAGGCUGGCUCCACGUUAGGAGGAUUCACAUCAGCGACAGAGGAGUCCAGCGAGGGUUUGCGGGAAGGUUCGUUAGUGUCGAACGGGGAUAAACCAUGGCACCAAGACUGGCCCUUCAUUGUUGGCGUCACAGCUGGCGUUGUUGGCAUUGCUGCUUUGAGCACUGGCUUCUUGAUUUUUCUCCUUCGACGCAGACGACAAGGACACCAUGACAUUACCCCAGCAUCGGCAGCAUCGUGAAGAGGACAACGAUAAUUCUGUGUACAUAAUCAAUAUGGCCUUCAAGUCGAAACACGAAGAAAAACAUGUUAAAUUCCGGUUUUUAAAACUCUCUCUCCAGAUGUACUUCUUGCAAAGAUAUGUAAACACUACAAGAGAUGCUCUAAGAAAGAUCACCUCACUGACUGUUUGACAUUUUAUCAAGAUAGCCGUCUUUAUUCAGAAUGGAUGUCAAUGACUGGAAUAUCUGUGAGUGCAAGUGCGCGUCUUUUUGAAACUGAGCAAACAACAGACAAUACUUGAUAGCUUAUUUUUGUAUCUUGGGCUGUUGUACAAAUGUGGUCGAUCUGACUUUUUUUUGUAAAUACCUUUAAUUGUAUCUUCAGAUGUUGUUUAUGCUGUGUUUGCUUUUGAUGCGGAUAUCAUAUCAUGCACGUACACUCGACAUUUGGAGGUUUCUACUUCGGAAGAACUGGAUAGAGAGCUCUCAGUGUACACACGGUGUAAAGAUACUGUAAUGUACUGUUACAUCCACCAUUGCAGCUUAUGUCGGUAUUUGUAAUGUCCAGGCUCGAGUAUUGUACCUCUCUGGUUGUUGAUCUCCUUGACCACCUGCUCGACGAGCUCUAGAGAACUUAGAAGGAUGCUGCUUGGAUUGUAUUCCGGAAGCAGAAGGCUGAUCAUGUCAAUGUACUUCUGAAUUCUAUGAAAACAUGAGAAUGUAUAGUUUGUUCAACUGAUAAAAGGUUGACAAGUUACCGAUUAUUUUGCAGAAAAGUUUUUGGUCGAUACAUCGAGAAAGAACAUUUUCGAAAUCGGAUGUGUAUAUUGUUUUAUAGUAAAUGUAAAUGUUACUGAAAUCUUGCGCAAGAAUGUAUAAUAUGGAAUAUAAAAUAGGAUUUCUUUCCCUUUAGUUAGCACUUGUUUCACAUUAUUAUGUGUAGGAAAUAAACCGAGUAUGAAUUA